UUGGAAAUAAUUCUCAGCCGCAGUAGUAACAGAAAAAACCCAACUCCAAAUGUUCAACUCAAUCGGAGAAAAAAAGAAACAACUUAUAAUUACAAUCCGACCAGCACACACACCGUACGGUGAAAUUGCACACACAUAAGCCUCCAUUCACUCAUAGUGUUGAUGAACACGAACAAACGACAAGUAUUCUAGUUGGAUAAAAAGAAGCCAUGGCGUUGUCGAACACCGUUGAUACGACGUCGUUUUUGGAAGACCCGAAUACGAAGAUCCGAAAGCCCUACACCAUUACUAAGUCGCGUGAGAGCUGGACUGAACCCGAACACGAUAAAUUUCUCGAGGCACUGCAGCUAUUUGAUCGUGAUUGGAAAAAGAUUGAAGCCUUUGUCGGAUCGAAAACAGUCAUUCAGAUACGUAGCCAUGCACAAAAGUAUUUUAUGAAAGCUCAAAAGAGCGGAAACAACGAACACCUACCUCCACCUCGCCCAAAAAGGAAAGCUGCUCAUCCGUAUCCACAAAAAGCUUCUAAAAUCGCUCCAGUGGUCCCACAAGCUAUAUUGUCGUUCCAAGUAUCCCCUACAGGAAUUCCUGAUCCUGGAUUUGUGAGGAGGCCCGAUUCUUCAUCAUUACAAGCACAUCGUGAUAUUGCUGUAUGGACAGACAAUUCCGUUCACACUAACAACAAUUCACACGACAUCAGAGGUGAUAUCAGAUCUGCUGGGCUGUCGGUGCCCGUUAUUAACUCUUGCAGUAUCGAUGACAGCACUCAAAGGACAAUGUCAACAGCUCUUCCUGAUUUUGCUCAAGUUUAUAGUUUCAUCGGCAGUGUCUUUGACCCAAAUGUGAGCGACCAUUUGCAAAAAUUGAAAAAUAUGGAUCCAAUUGAUAUCGAAACGGUGUUACUUCUGGUAAGAAAUCUCUCCAUCAAUUUGGCCAGUCCAGAUUUCGAGGAUCAUAAAAAGUUGCUCUCGUCCAACGAGUUAGACCCUGAAAAGCAUAAUGCUUGCGUUGAUACCGAUCCAACCUGUGGAGGUCAAUUCAAAGAUGAUGCAUCCUAAUUCGGGGUGAUUUUUAUUGGUCUGAAUCAAUGGGUUGAAUGACACGAUGUAGUAGACCAAUUAUUGUUAUGCACGGGCGCAUACGAAGCUGUCGAAUUCCUAAAUAUUUGUAAGUAUUGUUUCUUUGUAGUAUGUGCUUUUGGCUGUGCAGUUCACAUGUCUUGUACAUGUUUGUUGUUUGUAGGCGAAAUAAAAAUUUGAGAAAAUUUGUACUGCGGGAAUGUAAAUUAGAAAUAGUUUGUAUGUACAUGCAAGUUUUGAUCCUCGUUGGAUCAAAAAUAUAUAUUAAAAAAAAAUCGAUCCUCUUUUCCAGCUCG